AUGCCACGUAAGCUACGUAAGAAUAUACGUAAGAGGAAGAGAGCAUUGAAACAUCCAAUAGUAAGACUGACACCACAACAACAGUUGCAACAACAAAUGAUGAAUGACCCCACUAUGUUGCAACAAAUGUCAAGCAAUCCUAUGCUUUUAAACCGAGUCAUUGGUGCACAGAGUGGAGGUUUAAGAGCGGCACUUUUAGCGAAAAUGGCAGGCUAUGGUGGAGCUGCAGACGGAACAGCCUAUAACCCUCAAAGUCAAAUGAAUUUGAGUUCACUCAAAAAUCAAAUAACAGAUGUCAAAAAGUCAAACAUAGACAUACAGAAGCAAAUAAGUGAAAACGAAAAGAAACUAGAAUAUGACAGACACACAAAGAAACUCAAUGAGUUAAACGUAGAGAAAAAGAAGAAAGAAGAACAACUGAAAGAACUAAGUACAGAGCAAUAUGCGAAAAAAGUGUCAGAAAAAGCAGCAGAAGUAGCAAAAAUGGAACAAGAUGUUUUAAAUUUGAAAAACCAUACUACUCAAUAUAAAGUACUGAAAGAUGAAGAGAUAAAACAAAAAGCCCUGAAGACAUAUAUGGAUAGCGAUGAGUAUAAAAAGGAAGUUGAAGCAAAUGUAAAGGCAGAAAAACUUUUACAGUUGCAAAACCAAACCGUACAGUAUGAAAACUUAGCACAAGAAAGUAAAAAUAGCGACGCAGCCAUGCAAAAGGCAAUGAAAAGCGCAGAAUAUAUAAAAGCUAACAAUGACUGGGUAGAUGCCCAAGCCAACGCUAAAGCAGCCCAGCUUAUAG